CUUAGUCUCGCACCAGCGCACACACCCUCGCUCAUUCUCACAGAACUUUUUUUCAUCAUCUCGCUCUUUUAAUGAUUUUGAGAGAGAGGGGAGACGCAUUUGGAGGGUGUCUGAAAUGUGGGAGCUCCACAGAUGCCUGAGACCUGCGGAGAGAUAGGAGACUCACCCUGCUUGGAAAAGAUUGAGAAAACCAAAAAAGAGAAGGACUGCAACAAACUUAUACGCCUCAAUAUUCCCUCAUAACCACUACAGGACGCUGGAGUUUGUGGCAUUAUCAUGGUGACACUAAGAAUUACAUUGACUUUAAGGUUCACCUUACUACUCCUGUACUGGUCAUGCUGUACUGGUUGGCCGGGCCAGGCUCAGCAGUCGUCCCUGCGGGGUUUGCGUCAGGCGACCCAAACCCGGCAAAACCUCUCUGAGAGCAUGGAGAGCAAAGUCGAACGUCUCGGCCAGGUCUUCCGAAGGAACGUGCGUCUUCUUCGGGAACGGGGAGGCUGUCUGGAUCUGGUCUUCCUCGUGGACGAGUCGUCCAGUGUGGGAGCUUCCAACUUUGGGAGCGAGCUACGAUUCGUGCGGAAGCUGCUGUCAGAUUUUCCGGUGGCACCGGAGGCAACACGUGUAGCUCUGGUGACAUUUAGUUCCAAGAGUUAUGUGGUUACAAGAGUGGACUAUGUGUCUGCACCCAAAGCCCACCAACACAAGUGCUCGCUCUUCAGCAAAGAGAUCCCCUCCAUCACCUACAGAGGAGGUGGCACCUACACCAGGGGGGCCUUCCAGCGUGCAGCGCAAAUUCUGAGGCAGUCGCGUGAGAACGCCACGAAGGCGAUCUUCCUCAUCACUGACGGUUACUCAAACGGCGGAGACCCGCGGCCGGUCGCGGCGGCGCUGAGGGAGAGAGGCGUGGAGAUUUUCACGCUGGGCAUCUGGCAGGGGAACAUACGCGAGCUACACGACAUGGCCUCGCACCCCAAGGAUCAGCACUGCUACUUAGUGCACAACUUCGCUGAGUUUGAAGCGCUGGCUCGACGCGCCCUUCACGAAGAUCUUCCAACUGGAAGUUAUAUUCAGGAGGAUCUGGCCCAGUGUUCAUCAUUGUGCGAAGAGGGAAAGGACUGUUGUGACAUAAUGGCCAGCUGUAAAUGCGGUACACAUACAGGACAGUACGAUUGUGUGUGUGAGAAAGGAUAUUACGGAAAAGGACUUCAACAUGAGUGCACAGGCUGCCCUGCACCUUUAAUGGCCUCCACCUUCCCCACCUGA